UUUUUCCUCUCGCCCUUUCCGCGCUGCAACCGCCAAAUUUUCUUUCGAGCCGAGCUGGCCCGCGGCGCAGCACGUGGGGGUGAUUCGCUCUAUCUUCUCUUCCUCCAGCCGCCAGGAAGCUGGAUUCUCUGUGAGCUCGUGCGCACUGAUUGCGCGCGUGACGGCAGCCUAAUCAGGUUAUUGAUUCUCCUGAUCGUAGUAGCGCUCAAUUUCGACGGAGCAUCCCAGGGCCGGCUGCCGUUUGAGUCCUGCGGUUGCAGGAGCAGCCGGCUAUUCUUUCACAAGAAAAAGAGCAGUCGAUUAUUCUCCUUCUCGGGAUAUCCGUUCCUGUGUUGGUUUGGAUUGGGAGGAGAGGAGAUGAUGCGGCGCUGCGUCUCGGAGCUAGCCCGCCGGCGGCGGCUGGAUAAUGUGGUUGAUACUAUGAAGGUAGGAUUCCAAUAUUUAGCCAAUGUUUCCUCUCCAACAAGAGCUACUGACAGUCAGAGGGGCUCAAAUGCAUAUGCAACUUUGUGCGCUACUGAUCCAGAUAUUGUAUCAAGAGAAACAUCAUCAUCAGAAAUGCUUGUUGAUUCAUUCGGGAGGUUUCACAAUUACUUGAGGAUCUCCUUGACUGAGCGCUGUAAUCUGAGGUGCCAAUACUGUAUGCCUGCUGAAGGAGUUGAACUAACACCGAGGUCGGAGCUUCUAUCACAUGAUGAGAUAAUUCGAAUUGCUGACCUUUUUGUUACCUCUGGCGUGGAUAAGAUUCGAUUAACUGGUGGAGAGCCUACCAUAAGAAAAGAUAUUGAAGACAUUUGCUUACAUCUUUCUGGUUUGAAGGGGCUAAAAACACUUGCAAUGACUACAAAUGGAAUUGUUCUUUCUAAGAAACUCCCCAAAUUGAAAGAAUGUGGCCUCAACGCCUUAAAUAUAAGUUUAGAUACACUAGUACCUGCAAAGUUUGAGUUCAUGACAAGGCGCAAAGGGCACUCAAAGGUCAUGGAAUCAAUAGAUGCCGCUGUAGAACUUGGAUAUAACCCUGUGAAGGUCAAUUGUGUUGUCAUGCGUGGCAUGAAUGAUGAUGAGAUCUGUAAUUUUGUUGAAUUGACGAGACACAAGCCCAUCAAUGUGAGAUUUAUUGAGUUUAUGCCAUUCGAUGGUAAUGUUUGGAAUGUGAAGAAGCUAGUUCCUUAUGCAGAGAUGUUGGACAAAGUGCGGCAAAGUUAUACAGGUGUAGAGAGACUUCAAGAUCACCCAACAGAUACUGCAAAGAAUUUCAGGAUUGAUGGACAUGUCGGGACAAUUUCAUUUAUUACAUCAAUGACAGAGCAUUUUUGUGCUGGCUGCAAUAGACUACGGUUGUUGGCUGAUGGAAACUUCAAGGUGUGCUUAUUUGGCCCCUCAGAGGUUUUACAGAGAUACAUUACAAGUUUAUCGGGUAUAGCAUGUUUGUGGAUGAGUUCCCGUAGACCACUCAAUAUAAAAACAUUUGAGUACAGUUAUCCUGAUAUACAGGUGAGUUUAAGAGAGCCCAUCCGUGCUGGUGUUGAUGAUGCUGGACUAAAGGAGAUAAUUGGUGCUGCGAUUAAAAGGAAGAAAGCUAAACACGCUGGGAUGUUUGAUAUUGCCAAGACAGCGAAUAGACCAAUGAUACAUAUAGGUGGCUGAGAUCUCUGCUUACAUGAGACUCAAAAUGAAUUGUCAACUCAACUGCUGGUAGUUUUUACGGACAGACUACAAAAAUAAGUUCUCCGACGGAAUGGAGCAACAGAGAAAGCUAGCCAGUUGUGAAAGAUUGAUACGUGAACAACAUUUCAGAACCUCACACUGAUCCGUGUUCAUGUCAUCAUGUGCCAAAGUGCUUUGGUUAUAUGUCUUGUAUGCAAAAAUAUCAAGUUGUGUUACUACUCUGUUGUAAGCUCUUACAGAUUCUGAAUUACCUACGUUGUCUUCUUGCUGGCUCAACAUUACUACUACAGUGGCAAUCACGAGUUCAAUCA